AUGGCAACCAAAGUGUAUAUUGUAUACUAUUCUAUGUAUGGACAUGUGGAAAAACUUGCAGAGGAAAUAAAGAAAGGUGCUGCAUCUGUUGAAGGUGUUGAAGCUACACUAUGGCAGGUCCCCGAGACUCUAUCGGAAGAGAUUCUUGGAAAGAUGAGCGCACCACCGAAAAGUGAUGUACCGAUUAUUGCACCACAAAAUCUUGCUGAGGCUGAUGGGUUUAUUUUCGGCUUCCCAACAAGAUUCGGAAUGAUGUCUGCUCAGUUCAAAGCAUUUAUGGAUGCAACUGGAGGUUUAUGGAGAACUCAACAACUUGCAGGAAAACCUGCUGGGAUAUUCUAUAGCACUGGAUCUCAGGGUGGCGGACAAGAGACUACAGCGUUGACUGCAAUCACUCAGCUUGUUCACCACGGGAUGAUAUUUGUUCCCAUUGGAUACAGCUUUGGUGCUGGCAUGUUCGAGAUGGAGCAAGUGAAAGGUGGAAGCCCUUACGGUGCAGGAACCUAUGCCGGAGACGGAUCAAGAAUGCCAUCCGAACUCGAGUUGGCACAAGCUUUCCACCAAGGGAAGUACAUCGCCGGAAUCACAAAGAAACUCAAGACAGCUGCCUGAUUUCAAUUUACUACAAAACCCCCCACAAUUUAUCCUUCUCUUUUUUCAUUUUCUCUAGAAUAUCAAUUUCCUAUAUUUUACAAAUAUGCAAAACAACAAUAUAUGGUAAGUUUGUUGAUUGUUCAAAUGCCUAACUGUUGGCAACUGUGGCUUUGUUUUGUUUCGGACAUUCAAUUGGAAACUGCAAUGUUCUAUUA